ACUUGUCUUUCGUGGCCUCACGUUUAUUUUUGUCUCAAGUCUCACGGACCCAAGUCCAAGAUUGAGCCAAUCAUUUCUUGGUGUUGUCCAGAGAUGUUCCUGUACAUUCUGGGGCUCCUGGUUCUGUGUUUUGUCUACAGGUGGUUCAGGGAGUCCAAAUGGGUAGUAAACAAGGGAGACAAGUAUGUCUACAUCACCGGCUGCGACACUGGCUUUGGACAUCUCCUAGCCAAGCACAUGGAUAAACUGGGCUUCCGCGUGAUCGCCGGCUGCUAUACAGAGAAGGGCGAGGAUGAGCUGAAGAAGGCCUCCUCUGUAAGAUUGACCACUCUUCAUUUGGAUGUCACCGACUCUGCUAGCGUUAGGCAGAGCACAGCUUUGAUUGACACGCUCGUAGGGCAGAAAGGACUGUGGGCUGUUGUGAACAAUGCGGGCACCUCCGUGCCAGCGGCCCCAGUGGACUGGCUGACUGUUGAAGACUACAAGAGCAUGCUGGCUGUCAAUUUGGUGGGCGUGAUCGAUGUGACACUGAGCGUUCUGCCUCUCAUCAAGAAGGCCCGAGGCAGGGUGGUGAACGUGGCCAGCGUGUUCGGCCGAAUCAGCCCUUUCGGCGGUCCGUACUGCGUCUCCAAAUACGGCGUGGAGGCCUUCAAUGACAGCCUACGUUUGAACUUGGCGCCAUUUGCAGUCAAGGUGCUGUGCGUCGAGCCCGGUUUCUUCAAAACAAACGUUACCGACCCACAGAUCCUGGAAAAAAAUGGGAAGAAGCUCUGGGACAGAUUACCUCAGGAUGUGAAAGAUGACUAUGGACCAGACUAUGUGGAGCGUGCUCUCCAAACCAUCGUAGCAAAAUGCAAACUCCUGACGGACAGCGACCUGAUGAAGGUGGUCGGCUGCAUGGAACACGCCAUCGCCGCCGUCCACCCUCGCACUCGUUAUUCGCCCGGAUGGGACGCCAAGUUCAUUUGGUUGCCUCUGUCCUACAUGCCCACCUUCAUCACUGACAAUUUAUUUCUAAAAUUUCGCCCCAAGAUUGACGCGUCUGUCUUCUAAAAUGCAUUCAAGUCGAAUUGCCCUUGUUUAAAAACAGUAUUUAAUUAUUUCUAUAAACGAGAAUCUCAAAACCAA